AGGACGGGCAUGCGCAGACGAGGGCCUUUCCCUCCCAUUCAUAAAAUAGCCAUUUUCCCAGGCAGCAGUUGUUGCAAUAGCGAGGCGAAGCGGAGGGGGAAGCGGCGGCUGCUGCUGCUGCUGCUGCUGACAGCGCAGCACUUGUAAGUCGCUCCCGGAGAAGCCAGGGGUGCUCCGUGCCAAACUGCCCCCCUUGCACGCACAGCUCGCGAACUGUCUCGGAUUUAGGAUUAACUCGCCUGUUGAGAGAUGAUCUUGGCUGGAUUAUUUCAAGACACUUAAAAGCCGCGUUUCUCGGUGCUGAAGGACAGCCUGAGCAAUGGAGCCUCGGACGCCUCACAGCAUUACUGGGGUUCCCAAUUCCACCGUGGUGGUCCAGCCUCUCCUGGACAACCGCAUCCCCUAUGGCAGGCUGCAGCAUCCUCUGACCAUCCUUCCAAUUGACCAAAUGAAGACCACGCACCUGGAGAACGACUACAUAGACAACCCCACCCUGGCCCAACUGGCUGCUCAGAAACAUCCCCGGGGCCACCAUGAGCCCGCCCACCCCCCGCGAUGUGAGCAGGACAUCACCCACCCGUGGAUCUCUUUCAGUGGGCGGCCCAGUUCCAUCAGCAGUAGCAGCAGCACAUCUUCGGAUCAGAGGCUUUUGGAUCACAUGGUUCCAGCCCCGGUAGCAGACCAGUCCUCCCCGAGGGCUGUCCGGAUACAGCCCAAGGCGAUUAAUUGCAAGCCCUUGGACCUGAAGGGACCUGCUUCUCAGGAGAUGGACAAGCACUUUUUGCUGUGCGAAGCCUGUGGGAAAUGCAAAUGCAAGGAGUGCGCCCUGCCCAGGACUUUGCCCUCCUGCUGGGUGUGCAACCAGGAGUGCCUGUGCUCGGCUCAGAACCUGGUCAACUACUCCACCUGCAUGUGUCUGGUGAAGGGCGUCUUCUACCACUGUACCAAUGAGGACGACGAGGGCUCUUGCGCAGACCACCCCUGCUCCUGCUCGCAUUCGAACUGCUGCGCUCGCUGGUCUUUCAUGAGCGCCCUCUCUCUGGUUCUGCCUUGCUUGCUGUGCUACCUGCCGGCCACCGGCUGCGUGAAGCUGUCGCAGCGAUGCUACGACCAAGUGAGUCGGCCUGGAUGCCGGUGCAAAAACACAAACAGUGUGAUUUGCAAAGCAUCACCUGAAGGGAAAGUUGGCAGCAGGCCAGGGAAGCCAUUUUGAUCUCUGGAGUGAGGAGGAGGGGCGGGUGGGGGUGAGAAGUGCCGAAAAACAACAGGAAAGGGAGUUUCAUAACCUGCGUUGCGAGUGUAACGUGUCAGCCUUUUGCUUUCAACAAACGAAGGGAAAUGUCUCUUUCCAGGAACUGAAGCACUUUGGGAUUAUUCAGGGGGUUGUGGAAGUGGUGAUCUGUACUUAUUAUGCAGUAGGGAUCUGAAGGAUCUUUCUGAAUAUAUUUUUUUUUGCAAAGCAAAGGCAGAAAUCUACUAUAUAGGGCAAUCUGAAGACUGCUUCUGUUCAUUUCUUAGUCUUGGCUGCUUGCUAAGUCUACAUACCACAAGAAUAAUUAACAGAUGGGAUUGGCAGGUACAUCAACAGCUGAAACAGGGUUCUUAUUCCUAGAAGGUGAUAUCCAUUUCAGCCCCCUCCCCCACACUACUCCAACCUUUUAUUUAUUACCUGUAGACCACUGGCAAUCGAGAGUUAAUGUUCUCAACACUUUAGUAGGGACCCUGCCCAACCCCUCAAUAUCCCCCCCCCCGCCUUUUAAGGCAGUUAUUGAAAAAGAUCCUUCUAUCCAUUCCUUAAAUCCUUUUCAGUCAGCCUCCAUGGGCCGAAACGAUAGAACUUGAUAGGCAGAAAUCAGCAAAUGCUACUUUUUUACAGCACGGAGAGGAUGUUGCCCUUAGCUGAUUGAUGCAUAUCAAGCUACAGUUGAGGCACAGAUGGAAAAGUGGGCAACCCCACCAGUUUCCUCCUCUUAAGGCCAUUUUAUUCUUUGUUGCUCUCUCUCUUUUUUGUUGGCUUCAUUGAGUGUAUACAAAGACUGCAUCUUGCCUAGGGACAUGAUCUGUCCCUCAUUUAACAUCAGUUGGGUGCUAUUGGUGUGUGUGCCCCCCCCCCCAAUGAUUUUGCCAGUGACAGGAAGAUCUCUGACCUGCAAUCACUGAUAUGGAGAUAAUCCACUGCCUUCAGUAAGGCUACUCUUUGAGGUUUUGAUUCUUGAAGUGCACAGGCAGC